AUGUACGAUCGCGAAACGGGCCAGGUCUACAGAGAGACCGUCGUGCCAGGCGCGCCGCGCGGUGCAGAAGCCGACUGGGCGCGACGCGUCGAUCUGCCGUCAUGGAGGGGUCGUUCCGGCCGAGGCGUCCAGGGCCCCAGGUCCCUCGCCGACAUGGCCAUGCAUACCGUCGCCGAGAACGUUGGGUCUCUCUCUGAUGACCAUCUCGGGCGGCACGUCUUGCCUGCGAGGAUGCUGUGGAGGAUCUGGCGUUUGUUGGAGAACCGCGGCAUCUGCUUCCAAGCAUGGAAGACCUUCUCCAAGCUCCUCCUCGCCGAGGACGGGGACAAGACGCUCGACCUCUACCGCUUCCGCCACCACAUCUGCCGGCCGUCCCAGGACCUCGCGCGCUACCUGCAGCCUCUGCAGUCGACGUCGGUCGACUUCCUGUGCCACCUCAGCAUCAACGGGCCCUGCGCCUUUGACACGAGCGAGCUCCUCGCCCUCGCAUCCCUGCGCAACCUCGCCGCCCUCGAGAUCAUCCAGCCCGCCGCCGCCGCCGCCGCCGCCGCGCGCGCCAGCUUCCCCCGCGUCAGCGACCGCCUCGUGCGCUCGUGGUCCGAGGCCCCGGCCCCCUUCCCGCGGCUGCGCGUCCUGCGCCUCUGGGGCGACAACACCGUCUCGCAGCACUCGCUGCCCUACGUCGCCCGCUUCCCCGCCCUGCGCCUCAAGACAAAGACGCCGGCCGCAGCGCCGUCCCCGCCGAGAAGACGUGCACCCCGACAAGUGGAGGACAGAGGCGCGCCGCAUCAAGGAGAGCAUGAUGGGUACGGGGGGGCGGGACGCUGA